UCAGGAGGAGCUAUUGUAGCAUUUCCUCAUGUAUCAAGCAAAUAUGUCCUAAUUUACAUAACUCAUAUCCGAUGAUAUUCACCUUUAUUCAUGAUCCUUCUGUUCUUAUAAACCAGGCUGUAUUGAUAAAUAUUUCUUAUUGCAUAAAACAGGGUCUUUCGAGUUCAGAUACCUGCAGUUUUGAAUAUUUUCGGUAGGUGCCUCUGGUGCUAAGCUAGCGGUGAAAGUGAUACCGGUACUUGAAAAGAGAAAUGGUAAACAAAAAGGUAAAGAUGGCGGGUUUCUUGGCUUGCGCGCGAUAGAGCACCAAAAAACAGCGCUCAGAUGUCAACCCCGGUCGGAGGGAAGUCUGAAACAGGGGCAAACGCAGCUGCCGAGAGUGGAGUCAAACUUCGAGAUCAUGAUGUUCUAAAAGAAGGCUGGGCCUCCAAGUUGAGUGGGAAGGCCCUGUUUGGACAGUACCAUUGGGACCGGAGGUGGUUCAGACUGGUCCAGAGGGGCGCUGAUGUCACCCUGUACUAUUACAAAGCAAUAAAAGAUGAGGAUCCAAGAGGCCAGGUCAGGUUGACCAGUAACUAUGUAGCACGUGAGAUAGAGGCUGGAGAGAAGGUGAAGAAGCCCCAUGCCUUUGCUGUGGGCAAACUUGUGGACGAUGGAGCAACUAGGACAUACUACCUGAGCUGUGAGAGUGAAGAGGACAAGUUGGAGUGGAUGGCUACAAUAGGAGCGGCUAUAGAGGGUGUACCGGACAGGGCACUCAAGAGGAAGUCCACGGUCAGGGUCAAGAUGAAGAACAAGGUCCAAACUCUUCCUACCUCUGAAAUUGGUGCAACGGUGACCAAGGAAAAAUAUGAGGACCCAAAGUGGAGAAUACAGCAGUGGGAGGGGCUUUGUGAAAUGACUGACAGGCCUGUGGACCAAUGGAAGAAGUGGGAGAGUAAAGAGGGCGUGGCUGUGGCAAGGAUGUCUUUCAAAGAACAACCAUACGCUAUCAUUAUGGUAGAUGGUAUGGUGGCUGCUCCCUGUUCUAUAGUGUACAGCUUCUUGCAGCAGGCUUGUACAGAAGGAGGGAAGCUUGAUUACUUCUUUCGAGAUGAGAGAGUUCUGCAGAGCAUUGACCCCGACCGAGCGAACGCCAUCGUACAGUGGCACUACAAGACGUCGCUGCCCGGCAUGACCCCGCGGGAAGUGUGUGUCCUGAGGUCAUGGGUCACAGAGCGAGACACUCUCAACGGCACCAGCGGUAUGAUGAUACUGUCUGCAGCACAUGGAAACUUUGUCCUUGAAAAGGAUGCCACUUUAUGCAGAGUUGAACUGUCCGGUGUGGUUUUGAAACCAGACUCUACCAGUCCCAACAAGACCAGGAUGACAUUCCUCGCACAAGUGGAUGUACGAGGCUCACUGAGGGGGAUGUUGAAACAAUCGUAUAAGUCAGGUCUCCUGGUUCGAGGCUUUCGCACAAGCUACCAACAUCUAGUAGAGGAAGUCGCCACAUACAUGAAAGUCAUCUCCAUGUAGUCAGUAUUCCGAAGGGGCCAAAGGUCAAGGUACAAGGGGCCAAAGGUUGUGGAGAAAGGGACCAAAGGUCAAGUUAAAAUCUAGCAAAGUUGAUCAGGUAAGGGACCAAAGUUCAAGUUGCAAGGGGCCAAAGGUUAAGGGACUAAAGGUCAAGUUAAAGUCUAGCAAAGUUGAUCAGGUAAGGGACCAAAGUUCAAGUUGCAAGGGGCCAAAGGUUAAGGGACUAAAGGUCGAGUUAAAAUCUAGCAAAGUUGAUCAGGUAAGGGACCAAAGUUCAAGUUGCCAAAGGGUAAUGGACCAAAGGUCAAGUUCAAAUGGGGCAA